AUGAUUUCAACACCAUCGUCUACAAUUAAUCCAAAUCAUGAGGACAAGUUGAAAUUAUUAAAUGCUUGUCGUCAAGGUGAUUUAGACUAUUUAGGUAAAUUUAUUGUUGAUGGAGGAAAUCUCCGAAAUGUAAUCGAUAAUCAAACUGGACAAACUACAUUACACUAUUGUGUUAAAUUUGGAGAAGAGAAAAUUGCUAAUGAAAAAGAUGAUAAAAAGCCAAAUGGAAAUGACAUUCAGAUAUUUCAACGACAGUUGAAUAGAUUAAAAUGUACACGAGUCAUAAUUAAAUCAAAUCCGGAAUUUUUAACUUACUACGAUCAUAAUGGAUUUACUCCGAUACAUUUAGCAGUUAUUCAUGGUGAUAUAGAUUUUUUAAAAGUAUUAAAUGAAUUUAAUAAUGUAGAUAUGAAAAUUAAGACAAAAGCAAAAUCAUUAAUGUCAUCUUCAUCAUCAACAAGUCAUAGUGAUUCAAGUGAAAUAAAUAAUACUGGUCGGACAAUUAUACAUCUAUGUGUUAUUUACUCACAAUUAGAUGUUUUAAAUUAUCUUUUAACUAACAGUAAUAAUCAUAAUUCUAUAAAAGAAAUUGUAAAUGAAUAUGAUGAUCAAGGUGCCACAGCUUUACAUUAUUCUGUUCAGGUGAAUACUGAACAAAUCGAUGAACUAUUUCAAUUAUUAAUCAAUAUCGGUGGAGCAAAUUUAAAUGUACCGGAUACACAUGGUCGUACACCAAUUAUAUGGGCAGCUACAGUUGGUUCUGCGCAUGCUGUAGAAGUAUUACUUAAAUUAGGUGCUAAUUUAAGUCAUAAAGAUUCACAUGGUUUGGCUGCAUUACACUGUGCUGCAUCUAGAGGUAAUUUACAAACAGUUCAAACUAUCUUGAAUUGGAUAGCAAUUGCAAACAAGGAUGAUGAGAGUAAAAUUGCCCUCCUUCGUGAUGCAAAUGAUAAUGAUGGAUGUAGUCCAUUGUUUUAUUCUGUUGCAACUGGUCAUAUUCAUGUGACUGAAUGCUUAAUUAAAGCUGGAGCCGAUGUUAUGCAUACAGAUUUUAAAGGUCGUACUGUAUGCCAUUGUUUAGCUAGAUUAAAUUCAUUGUCCAAUGGGAUUAAAUUUGACAGUCUUAUCAAAACUCAAUUGACCUGUUUAGUUGAAGCUGGUUUAAAUCCAUGGCUUGCAAAUAAAACUGGUUUAACAGCUUUACACGAAGCAUGUUUACUAAGAAAUGUGUCUUUUAUUAAACAGUUAGCUAAUUUACCAGGUUUUAAUACAGUUGUAAAUGCAACGGAAUCUCAAGGUCAUACCCCAUUGCACUUAGUUGUAGCAGCUUCAUGGAGUACUGAACCAUCUGGUAUUAGAUUGAUUCAUUAUUUGUUAGAACAUGAAGCCGAUGUGAAUGCUGUCACUCGUCUACCGAAUGAUGAAUAUGUUACCCCAUUAGAUCUUGCUUACUUAAAUGAGACUAAUGAUGAAACAUCGAAAACUUUACUUAUUAAUCUAAUUAAACAAUAUGGUGGUCGGACAUAUCAGGAACUAUCAAGUGAAGGAAAAGUUAUCAUUGAUAAGUUUCAUAGUAGCGGUAAUGAUAAUACAAAAAUCGAUGUUAACACUAAUGGUAACCAUAAUGAUGUUAAUCAAGAGAAAAUGUCAGCAUCUGGUGUCUUCAAUCCAGAAAAUGAAUUAAAGUCAACAGACAUUUCAAGUUCCAUGGUUGUUGAAACAAUAGUGGGAGAAAAACCACAGAUGAUUGAUUCAUCCACUGAACCAAUAAGCGAAUUUAUUAUGUCCCUAACAUUGAAGGAUUCAAGUGUACAAACAUGUCUGGAUAGGAGAAGGCGAAAAAAGCUAUCAACACAAUCUUUAACCUUAUUGUCUUCUGGAGAACCAAUGCAUGAAACUAUUAGCACAGCACAUAAUCAACAUGUAACGGAUAAAUCCUUGAAUGAAUCACUUAACGUUAUCUCAACUGAAAGCUCUUCAUCCAUUACUUUAAAGAAUGGAAGUGGAAGGAAUAGCUCAAUUAAUCAUGAUAGUGGACAAAAUACGAAUGCUUCAAUACAGCUCAUAGUCCGAGUACCAACUCCAUCAGAUUUAAAAGUACGAAAUGAUAAGUCUAGUGAAAGUAAGACUACAGGAACUGAAAAGAAAAAUGUUCCAACCACUUUGAUCUCAACAGUUAAAAAUCAUAUUAAUGUACAGAAUGACAAUUGUCAUCACUUUACAUCGUCUGGGGUAGAUGAUAAAACUCCGAAAAAUUCUAAACAUUUACCAUAUUCACAAAUCUACUUAGAAAAAGAACUACCUUUAGCAUUGAAACGAUAUUUGGAAAAAGAGAAUUUUAAUUAUUCACCCUUAACAGGACGUUCUCGUUUGCCUAAACCAACUAUAUCACCCUAUCUACAACCAGUUGUACCCGGUCUACCUUUAUAUGAAGAAAAUGUUGCAAUGUCUAGAAAGAACAAUCAUAAUAAACGUAUUCCCAGAAAACAGGCUCAGUCAGCUGGUGUAUAUAACAAUAAUCUAUCCUAUUCAAAUAAUCAACAGAACAAAUCGAUCUCUAAAAUGAAUGCUAAUAUAAUUCAUCGCAAGCGGUUUAGUUCGUCGGCAUCCGCAUCAAAUUCUUCUACUAUGGAUGUUUCUAUACCCGGAAGUUAUCAUACGAAUAAAAUAAUACAUAAAAAUAUAAAAUAUCCACAAGCGCGUUCACAAUCAUCAAGAAAUUUACAUGUACCCUCAAAUGACAAUCAUGAAGUACAACAAAGUGUAGCAGAUUAUGAGUUUUAUCGGUUCCUCAACCAGUUAUUAAAACAAAAUUGUCCAAUAACACAAAGAAAAAAGAAAAGAGCCACAACAGCAACAAAAAGAACAAUGAGUUUUAAGAAUAAACAAUCGAUUGAUGCAUAUGAUGAUCGACAUUCCGCUAUGGGAGGUGAACUAACACCUAUUAAUAAUCAUAGAAGUGAACCAAAUAUAGACACUGAAACGCAAAAUUUUAAUAGCAAGAAAUUAAUUAGUAAACAGUUAAACGUAUGA